AUGGAGAGCUCAAUUGGGUUCAUGACAGUCUUCGCCGUCUCUGGAAGCGUGGUGCUUCUUGCAGCUCAGCUUCACAAGCGUCUCCUCUCUGGUUACAUGGACAAGCUCGAACCUCCUACUAAGGAAAGAAAGAAAAAGAAAAAGAAAGUGAGCUUUGCAGAAGAUAUGGUGGAGCCGUCAGGGAACAACGAAGAGUAUCGCCGGAGUUUUCGCAAAUCAUCAAAGUUGGAGGAUGAAAGAUGA